CCGCCCUUCUGACCUGGAGGGGACCUCUGGGCGCCUCUAACCCAGGAGGCCAAGGCUGAGACGAGAACUGGUUUGUGGCCUGUUUGAUCCUAGCAGAGGUGUACCGGUCCAAGGCAGUAGUGAAAAUGCAUAUUAAGUCAAUAAUUCUGGAGGGAUUCAAGUCCUAUGCUCAGAGGACUGAAGUCAAUGGUUUUGACCCCCUCUUCAAUGCUAUCACUGGUUUAAAUGGUAGUGGAAAAUCCAACAUACUGGACUCUAUUUGCUUUUUGCUGGGCAUCUCCAACCUGUCUCAGGUUCGGGCUUCUAAUUUACAAGAUUUAGUUUACAAGAACGGGCAGGCUGGUAUCACCAAAGCCUCAGUGUCAGUCACGUUUGAUAAUUCUGACAAAAAGCAAAGCCCUUUAGGAUUUGAGGUACAUGAUGAAAUCACAAUAACAAGGCAGGUGGUUAUUGGUGGCAGAAAUAAAUAUUUAAUCAAUGGAGUAAAUGCAAACAACACCAGAGUACAGGAUCUUUUCUGUUCUGUUGGCCUUAAUGUUAACAACCCUCACUUUCUCAUUAUGCAGGGUCGAAUUACAAAAGUAUUGAAUAUGAAACCUCCAGAGAUUUUAUCUAUGAUAGAAGAAGCAGCUGGAACCAGGAUGUAUGAAUACAAAAAAAUAGCUGCCCAGAAAACUAUAGAAAAAAAGGAGGCUAAGCUGAAAGAAAUUAAGACGAUACUUGAAGAAGAGAUUACUCCAACUAUUCAAAAGUUAAAAGAGGAAAGAUCUUCCUACUUGGAGUAUCAAAAAGUAAUGAGAGAAAUAGAACAUUUGAGUCGUUUAUAUAUUGCUUAUCAGUUUUUGCUGGCUGAAGAUACUAAAGAACGCUCAGCUGAGGAGUUAAAAGAAAUGCAGGAUAAAGUUGUAAAGCUUCAAGAAGAAUUGUCUGAGAAUGAUAAAAAAAUAAAAGAACUUAAUCAUGAAAUAGAAGAGUUAGAAAAAAGAAAAGAUAAGGAAAUUGGAGGUAUACUCCGCUCUUUAGAAGACACUCUUGCAGAGGCUCAGCGAGUUAAUACUAAAUCUCAGAGUGCCUUCGAUCUCAAGAAGAAAAAUCUGGAAAGUGAAGAAAACAAACGCAAAGAGCUGGAAAAAAAUAUGGUGGAGGACUCUAAAACUUUAGCAGCAAAGGAAAAAGAAGUUAAAAAGAUAACAGAUGGACUGAAUGCCCUUCAACAAGCAAGUAAUAAGGAUGCUGAAGCUCUGGCUGUUGCACAGCAGCACUUCAAUGCUGUUUCUGCUGGCCUGUCCAGUAAUGAAGAUGGAGCAGAAGCCACUCUUGCUGGUCAAAUGAUGGCCUGUAAAAAUGACAUAAGUAAAGCUGAGACAGAAGCCAAGCAGGCUCAGAUGAAGUUGAAACAUGCCCAACAAGAAUUAAAGGCCAAACAAGCUGAAGUUAAGAAGAUGGAUAGUGGUUACAGGAAGGAUCAAGAAGCUUUAGAGGCUGUGAAGAAACUUAAAGAAAAACUUGAAGCUGAAAUGAAAAAGCUAAAUUAUGAAGAAAACAGGGAAGAGAGCCUUUUGGAAAGGCGUAGGCAGCUGUCUCGUGAUAUCAGCAGACUGAAAGAAACAUAUGAAGCUCUCUUGGCCAGAUUUCCCAAUCUUCGAUUUGCAUACAAGGAUCCAGAGAAGAACUGGAAUAGAAAUUGUGUGAAAGGACUUGUAGCUUCUCUGAUUAGUGUCAAAGAUACUUCUGCAACCACAGCUUUAGAAUUGGUGGCUGGGGAACGACUCUACAAUGUUGUAGUAGACACAGAGGUUACUGGUAAAAAGCUACUAGAAAAGGGAGAAUUGAAGCGUCGGUACACUAUAAUUCCACUCAAUAAAAUUUCAGCCAAAUGUAUUGCUCCAGAAACCCUGAGGGUCGCUCAGAAUCUUGUUGGCCCUAACAAUGUUCAUGUGGCUCUUUCCCUGGUUGAAUACAAACCAGAACUUCAGAAAGCCAUGGAAUUUGUUUUUGGAACAACAUUUGUUUGUGACAAUAUGGAUAAUGCCAAAAAAGUGGCCUUUGAUAAAAGGAUAAUGACUAGAACUGUAACUCUAGGAGGUGAUGUAUUUGAUCCCCAUGGGACAUUGAGUGGAGGUGCUCGAUCCCAGGCAGCUUCUAUUUUAACCAAAUUUCAGGAACUCAAAGAUGUUCAAGGUGAACUGAGAAUUAAAGAGCGUGAGCUACAGGCUCUAGAAGAGGAAUUAGCGGGUCUUAAAAAUGUUGCUGAAAAGUAUCGCCAACUAAAACAGCAGUGGGAGAUGAAAACUGAGGAGGCAGAUUUAUUACAAACUAAGCUGCAGCAAAGCUCGUAUCACAAGCAACAAGAAGAAUUAGAUGCCCUUAAGAAAACCAUUGAGGAAAGUGAGGAAACAUUAAAAAACACCAAUGAAAUUAAAAAAAAAGCAGAAGAAAAGUAUGAAGUAUUGGAGAAUAAAAUGAAAAAUGCAGAAGCUGAAAGAGAGAGAGAACUGAAAGAUGCUCAGAAAAAACUAGAUUGUGCCAAAACAAAGGCAGAUGCUUCUAACAAAAAAAUGAAAGAAAAGCAACAGGAAGUUGAAGCUAUCACUCUGGAGCUGGAAGAGCUCAAGAGAGAGCAAGCAUCCUCUAAACAACAGCUUGAAGCUGUCAAUGAAGCUAUCAAAUCCUAUGAAGAUCAGAUUGAAGUAAUGGCAGCUGAAGUGGCUAAAAAUAAGGAGUCAGUAAAUAAAGCUCAAGAAGAGGUGACCAGGCAAAAAGAAGUGGUAACAGCCCAAGACAAUGUCAUUAAAGCAAAAUAUACAGAAGUGGCAAAACAUAAAGAACACAACAAUGAUUCUCAGCUUAAAAUUAAGGAAUUAGACCACAAUAUCAGCAAACAUAAACGGGAAGCUGAAGAUGCUGCUGGGAAGGUAUCCAGAAUGUUGAAAGAUUAUGACUGGAUUAACUCAGAGAAACACCUCUUUGGCCAACCCAAUAGUGCCUAUGAUUUCAAAACUAACAACCCAAAAGAAGCUGGCCAAAGACUUCAGAAGUUGCAAGAAAUGAAGGAGAAGCUAGGAAGAAAUGUCAAUAUGAGAGCCAUGAAUGUACUGACAGAAGCUGAAGAGCGGUAUAAUGACUUGAUGAAGAAGAAGAGAAUUGUAGAAAAUGACAAAUCAAAAAUUCUUGCAACUAUAGAAGACCUUGACCAGAAGAAAAACCAAGCCCUAAAUAUUGCUUGGCAAAAGGUGAACAAGGACUUUGGGUCUAUUUUUUCUACUCUUUUGCCUGGCGCUAAUGCUAUGCUUGCACCACCAGAAGGGCAAACUGUUUUGGAUGGUCUAGAGUUCAAGGUUGCCUUAGGAAACACCUGGAAAGAAAACCUAACUGAACUUAGUGGUGGGCAGAGGUCUUUAGUGGCAUUGUCAUUAAUACUGUCCAUGCUCCUCUUCAAACCUGCUCCAAUUUAUAUCCUGGAUGAGGUAGAUGCAGCCUUGGAUCUUUCUCAUACCCAGAAUAUCGGACAGAUGCUGCGUACUCAUUUCACACAUUCUCAGUUCAUUGUGGUGUCCCUAAAAGAAGGUAUGUUCAACAAUGCAAAUGUUCUUUUCAAAACCAAGUUUGUGGAUGGUGUUUCUACAGUAUCCAGAUUUACUCAAUGUCAAAAUGGAAAGAUUCCAAAAGAAACAAAAUCCAAGGACAAAGGACCCAAAUGAUCACAUGUGGAAGUUUGAAGUACAAAUUUACUCCUCCACCUUGACUUGUUUUUAAACAAAUGUUUAAGAACUUGGGAUUUAUCUAAUUUGUUAAUAUAAAAAUUGAAUGUUAUUUUGUCAACCCAUAUUUUCAAGGUCCGUAUUCUCCUCCUUUAUAUAAUCACUUAUAAAUGAGCAUAGAUUCCUCUUUUCUUAAUUAGUGUAACUAUGGUCCAGUUACUGUGGUUGUGAUUUUAUGCAUAUUAAAUAUUUUUUCUUAUGUUACUUUUUAUAUAUUAGAGAGCCUGAAAUACUCAGUUGGUGGUAAAUCCUAUAUGUAAAAGCAAGAAUACAAAGAAACAGAUGAAAUGAAGUUAGAGGAUAAAUUUAACUGAUAGUCAGCUUUUAAAUGGUUUAACUCCUAAGUCAGUGUUAGUUCCUUGAGGACACAAUGCCACAUCCCUGGUUAGACUCAGCCUGGGAAGCAAAUCUUGAAAGAGUCCUCUCAUUUUAAUGUUUGACUAUCAUGUCUGUAUGCUUAAUAAUUGGUCUCUGCACCUUACCUUUUUUUUUUUUUUUUUAAAUUAAUUAUUCUUAUGAGUAUUUUAAGAAAAACUUGGGAGGUGUGUUGCUUGCUGCUCUCUGCUGCGAGUUAAUCUGAAGUCUCCUGAUACUUUCAGAGUAGCUUUUUGUCAGCCUUUACAUGUAUCCAACCAAAACAAUCUAUUGGUGAAUGAGAAUUUAGGAGCCAGCAGACUAAAUCAAAUCUUACCUAUUUCCUUUAGUCUGAUACAUGUAUAAAUUCAUAAAUAGAUCCAUCCGUCUACCAAAAGAUCUCAAAAGCUUAAUGGUUAUUACAAUUCUUAGUGUCUUCUGCUACUUUCCAGUUCAAAGGGGUAAAGUUCCUUUAAGAUUUAGAAAAUAGAGCCUAGACAACAUAAGAAUACUAUGUAUAAUUCUUAGUAUCUCAAGAUUCAUCACCAACAUAGUGUCUUCAAACUCUGAAUCCUGAAAGCUCUGACCUGACUUAAUAUGAUCUUGGGUAUGUUAUUUUGCCCCCACUGUCCCUUUUUGAUCCUUGAGUCUUGUCAUCCUGUCCCUGGUAAAUGCUCAUAACUCCUGGCCCAGGGUUUGUCAUUUCUCAUCAUUCAUUCUCCAUGCAUAUCUAAAGAUGUCAGGUAACAUCCAGGUAACUGAUGUCAUGGGACACAUUGGAAAGUGUUGAAUCUUGAAUUACUUCUGUCUACCAUGGGAAGAGAGGGAGGCAAAGCUGUAAAUAUAGUUACAGGGAAUCUAGUAUCACAGAUAAUGGACAUAUGAAAAUAUUUGUUUCCUUUUGAAUGUAGUAUUGCAAAUUAUUUUCCAAAAUAGUUGUAUCACUUCACACUGUCAUCAAUAAAGUAUAGCAUACCAUUUUGACCACAACCUUGACAGCACUGGUUGUUAAUUUUUCUGGUGGAAUAGUUAUAACCAGCAUUUUUUUUUUUUAAUGUAAUUUAUUCACACAAAUACUCUCUUAAAAAAACAAAAUCCUUUGCCAUCGAGUCGAUUCCAGCUCAGCUAUAUGCAGAAACAUGGGUGAAUUCCACAAUGUUAAGUGAAAGAAGCCAGACACAAAAGAGUGCAUGCUAGUGAUUCGAUGUACGUACAGUUUAAAAAUGGCCGAGUAUAAUAUUAUGUUGUCAUAAGCGCCCACUUCUCAACACUAAGGAGCCCUGGUGGUAGAGUUGUUAGCGCUCGGCUGCUAACCAAGACAUCAGUGGAAUCGAUCGACUCGACAGCAGUGGGGUUUUCCGAGCACUACCUGACUCAAGUGUAACUCCUAUUCUGACUUCUAA